UUCAAUUAUUGAAUUGCCAAUUCAGCAACUCCCACAACGGCCGGUUCGCCGAAGACUGAUCUCUCCUACUUAAAGGCUUGAAAUCAUGCAUAUGCCAUUGUAGAGACCAAUUAAGCAGAAAAUGGAAGACUGGUAUGACCUAGCUCUCAUCAUUUUCUCUCUCCUCCUACUCUUGAAGCUCUUCUUAAGAACACAACACAAACACAAAAAUCUUCCUCCAAGCCCUCCUGCUCUUCCCAUCAUUGGCCAUCUCCAUCUACUUAAAAAGCCUGCACUUUAUCAAUCUUUUCAAGCACUUUCCGAAAAGUACGGCCCAAUCUUACUCCUCCGUUUAGGAACCCGUAAAGUCCUCGUUGUCACCUCCCCGGCAGCUGUCCAGGAAUGCUUCACCAAGAACGACAUCAUCUUCGCGAACCGGCCGCACAUGCUGGUCGGAAAACACCUCAACUAUAACAACACCACCAUCGGUGUAGUCUCCUACGGCGAUCGAUGGCGCAACCUACGCCGUGUUACAACUCUUGAGGUUUUCUCCACCUCCCGCCUGGUGAUGACCUCCGGCAUACGACAACAUGAGGUGGCAUUGUUCGUAAAAAGAUGCAGUAGUAUUAAUAGUAGAAUUCAUGACGAGUGGACUAGCGUGGAAUUGAAAUCCAAGUUUUUCGAGCUCCCAUUUAAUGCCUUGACCAUGAUCAUAGCUAAGAAGCGAUUUUACGGAGAAAAUGUGGACGACGAAAAGGAAGCGAGCCGGUUCCGGUAUCUGAUUAGAGAGCACACAGAACUCGGUAAGCCAGAGAAUAAUGCAGAAUUUUUUGGGGUUUUGCAGUGGUUGAGUUAUAGAAAGAUAGAGAGAAGGAUGAUUGAAGUAAUGAAGGAGAUGGACAAGUUCUUCCAAAGCUUGGUUGAUCAAUGUCGGCGGCAUCGAACGUCUUCAUCCAAUAAUGGUGACACGAGAGAAAGCCAUGGACUGUCAGACAGCAAAAGCGUGAUUGAUAAUUUGCUGUCUUUGCAAGAAAAGGACCCCGAGUUCUGUACCGACGAAAUAAUCAAAGGGAUUAUAUUGGUAUUACUUAUUGCCGGAACUGAAAGUUCGUCAUCAACCAUGGAAUGGGCAAUGUCACUAAUGCUCAACCAUCCAGAUGUCAUGGACAAGGUCAGAGCCGAGAUAGAUACUCAUGUUGGACAAGACCGACUUCUAGAGGAAAAAGACUUGAAGAAAUUGAAUUACCUUCAAAAUGUAAUCGAUGAAACGUUUCGUUUAUAUCCUCCCGGUCCGCUUCUACUGCCACAUGAGUCUGCUGAUGACUGUCAAGUAGGCGGCUAUGACAUACCUCGCGGCACACUGUUAUCCGUUAAUGCUUGGGCUAUUCACAGGGACCCCAAGCUAUGGGAAAACCCGACAAAGUUCAUGCCUGAGAGGUUUGAAGAUGAGAGGGGUGCUGAAGGUUAUAUUCCAUUUGGUCUAGGUAGGCGAGCGUGUCCCGGGGCUGGCCUGGGGAGUCGGAUGGUGGGAUUGGUGCUUGGGACAUUGAUUCAGGCAUUCGAGUGGAAGCGAGUUGGAGAAGAGGAGGUGGACAUGGUUGUGGUUCCAAGCAUGCUCAUGCCCAAAUUGAAUCCCUUGGUAGCUGUUUGUAGGCCCCGUGCCACCAUGCUUAAGCAUCUUUGCUAAAUGACUAACCCUCUCUACGAGACUCCUGCUAUUACGAGUGUGUAGACCUCCCAAUUAUUUGUCAAGUUACUCCAUGUAUGGUGGCUUUGCUAAGUGCCUCUUUUCAAGUGUUGUGUGAAUGUUAGUUGAUAAUAUGUGAAGGCUUCCUUUAUAUAUGAUAAAUAAUUUAUUGGAGU